AUGUCGUCUGAAACGUCGUCUUGGCUGUCAAAGCUUGCUGCUGAGAGUGGUUUUACCGCCAUUGCUCAAUCAUGCCGCGACACCAAGGUGCUCUGCUUACAGCGCUUCGUGCGACUCUUUGCCUACGGCGCCUCGUUUCUCAUCCUUGUCCAUUUUCUUUCCAGCCUUGGUUUCUCAGAUGAGAGAAUCGGUCUGUUCAUGACCUUGACUCUUCUCGGGGACGUUGUCAUCAGCUUCUUUCUCACAACCAUUACCGACCAAGUCGGCAGGCGCAAGAUCUUGGCUGCAGGGGCCGCAUUGAUGGUUAUGAGUGGUUUCGUGUUCGCGUACUUUGGCAACUAUUGGGUCCUCGUUGUCGCCAGCAUCGUUGGCGUUAUUAGUCCCAGUGGGAACGAGAUUGGACCAUUUCGUGCUGUCGAGGAGUCCGUUCUGGCCCAGCUCACUCAGAGGGAGCAUCGCAGCGACAUCUUCGCGUGGUACACCCUCUUUGGAACUGCAGGUGCUGCUUUGGGAACCCUCACUUGCGGCUGGGUCGUUCAGAUGCUCGAAGACAAUGACUCGUGGACAACGAACGAGGCAUACCGAGUUGUUUUUUUGAUCUAUGCGGCUCUGGGCCUCAUUAAGUUGAUGCUCAUUUUGGGGCUCAGCUCCGCUGUUGAAGUCGGCUCAACGAGCUCAAAACCUGCCAACGACGAGACUCGACCACUUCUGCCCGACAACUCAGGCAACGAGGAUGACGAGAGCAGAUCCAGCUCGCCCUCACCUACAAUUAUCCAACGUUUGCGGUCUCUAUUUCCACAUAUCUCUCCGCUCUCACAAACGAUCCUCUUCCGGCUACUCAUUCUCUUCUGUCUUGACUCGUUCGCCUCCGGAAUGGCAUCGCCCUCAUGGCUCACCUACUUUUUCACGACGGUUCACUCGCUGCAGCCAGGAUCAUUGGGGACACUCUUCUUAGUGACGAACCUUCUCGCCACUAUCUCCAACCUUGUCGCCCUCCCCCUCGCGCGGCGACUCGGGCCCCUCAAGACGAUGGUCUUUACGCACUUGCCAUCGGCUGUGUUUCUGUCCAUGAUCCCUAUUCCCGGGCCCGGCCCUUCUGGUACUUGGAUUGCCAUGGCAUUCCUGUCCCUAAGAGCCUGCACGCAGAGCAUGGAUCAAGCCCCUCGGCAGGCAUUCUUGGCCGCUGCAGUCCUUCCCAACGAAAGAACUGCCGUUCUAGGCGUGGUCAACAUCGUCAAGACUCUAGCACAAGCUGGAGGAAUCGGCGCCGCCGGCGUCUUGUCCGGCAAGAAUCUUUGGAUAGUUGUUCUUACGGGAGCGGGAAUUAUGAAGGCUUGCUACGACUUAUUGAUGCUCGGAAUGUUCCUUGGCCUGAGGGACCGAGAAGAAAGUACCGGAAAGUCUAGAACCAGGGACGAGGAAGAAUCUUAA